UAAUGCCCGCAAAUCAAAACACGAUCCGCUUCAAGUUUUCUCUGGGUUGUAGAAAGUAAGUUGUUUGACAUGAAGAGUACAAGUCAUAGAGGAUGACAAACUCUUAACAUAUGUUUUCAGGAAUGUGUUUUUCUCCAUCAUGUCCAGAUGAUGAUGGCCAAAGUGCAGCUGAAACUUUUCACAAGCGCUGGGGAAAGGAGUUUUCAUGUAAGUUAAGAGAGAGCGGACCAGGAUCCCUGUACAAGUCUGUUCGCUUUAUUAGUUAAGACUUGUGUGUAUAUUUCAGUAUUCAUCAUCUACACGUGUGCCUGUACCUGCUGUGACUUACUGGAAACUUACUGGAUUUUAACGUAAAACAUUCAGACGAUUCAAAAACUUCAACUCAGCUUUAGUCCUAACCUGUCAGAUUGGCUUUAUUGACGCCAACAUAAGUAUUGAAUUGAACGGACAUCAUGCAGAAGCUGAAUUCGGUAAACAGUCACGCGGAGCUCCAGCAGCGGCUGGCGGAUCACGGCGGAUCCGGAGACACUGCGCUGGAGAACGGCACCAAACACAUCCCGAGUCCCGCGGAACCCGUGGAUACGGUGCAGUGCUCCAGCAGAAAGAUGCUGGUCGGGCUGGACAUCCUCUGUUUGCUCGUGGCCUCCAUUCCGUUCUUCGCCUGUGAGCUCAAAGCGGUGAUUCCGUACAAGAGGGGCUUCUUCUGCGGGGACACCAGCAUCACAUAUCCUUACAUAGAAAGUGAGGCCAUUCCUGACAGCAUGCUUACAGCCGGGGGCAUCAUAAUCACAGGACUUACGAUUGCUGUCGGAGAGUGUUACCGGGUACGAUUCAGAGGUGUGCACUCACGGGCAUUUGUGCGCAACCGCUAUGUGUCCUGUCUGUACAAGGAGCUGGGCAGCUUCCUGUUUGGCUGCUGCGUGGGGCAAUCCUUGACCAACAUGGCAAAGCUAAGUGUGGGCCGACUCCGUCCCCACUUCCUGUCAGUGUGCAAUUUGACCUAUGCUUCACUCAACUGUGUACCUGGAACCUAUAUCUCAGAAGAUGUCUGCAAGGACGAUUCCAAGAUAAUGGAGGCCAGAAAGUCCUUCUUCUCGGGCCAUGCAUCUUUCGCCAUGUACACCAUGCUUUACCUGGCAUUCUACCUGCAGGCGAGGUUGUCAUGGCGAGGGGCACGGCUCCUGCGACCGUUGCUGCAGUUCAUGUUGGUGAUGAUAGCAGUGUACACAGGACUCUCUCGCAUUUCUGACUACCGCCAUCACCCCACUGAUGUCCUGACCGGCUUCUUGCAGGGAGGACUGACCGCGUACUGGGUGGCCUUUUAUAUCUCUUCCAUGUUUAAGACGUCUCGUCCAGACAUGUCUCCAACAAGCUUGUCUCUGGAGAGUCCCCUGUCCAGCCAGCAGACCGUCUGCUAACAGAGGCACCUGAGAGACACGAUGGGAGUGAUCGAGCGAAGAAUGGGAAUGGGACAAAGAACUUUAAAACAUGCUCAUGUCUUGACAGAGAACCAUUUCCUGUGCACUCUGAGAAUAGAACAGUAAUAUAUAUAUAUAUACAUAUCUAUAUAUAUAUAUAUAUAUAUAUACACACACACAUACACAUACAUGUCUAACACUUCAACCAAGCCGUCCACAAUGAAUCAGCCCUCCAUAGAUAAAUGAUAUUUUUAUAUUAAAAAGUUUUUCCUUUAUAUUUUUGAAAUCUAUUAUAGUUGAAGCUGCUAAUAAUUGUUGUUUUAUAAUUUGUCACUUGUAGUCCAGGCUCAGAGAUUCACACGUCACGUUGUGAAAGUGAUUUGAUUUCAUAUGGAACUCAACGUGUCAAGCAUUUUGGCUCAUGUUGACUGUUGGAGGCCCAGUCUAAUGAAUUUCCAUUGGACAAAAAUGGACCAAUCGCAACAACGCUUCGGCCUCAGACCACACCCCCUUGUGUUUGCUAUUGGACCUGGCUAGACCACUGUUCUGGUACGCUGUUGCACAAUCAUAGCGGUGCUGUUUGUAGACACCCUCUGUUUAUAAAAGCACAGAUUUGAUGUUAAUGCUAUUAAGCUUGUAUUGUAUUAAGGUGGGCUAAACUCCAUGUUUGUACUAACCACUUUCACUGCAUGAGUGAGACUGAAAGGAGGUUUGAGCCAACAACCUCCUCAACCCCCCCCACCCCCCGCAUAAUGAAGGCAUGAAUCUUGCCCUAAACGCUCAGCGGACCGGGGGUCUAUACCUGUGCAUCCUUUACUACUCAUAGCACUUGAAUUACACUAUGGAAUCGUCUAAAUACUACAGAUAAUAUUUUAUAUGUUGUCUUCUUUAAUCAGUGUUUUACUUUCUUCCUACGGUCAGUGCCAUUUGUGUUCGUCUUUUGUGUUUUUCCCCAAAUUAUAAUUAUUCAGAAUGAAUGUAAAUAAAUAAUUUUAUAAACAGAUCCAGAUUAUCAGAAGUAUUAGCAUCGGUUCUUGUUUUACGUGUUUAUAUAUGUUUUUUAUUGUUUGUGUUGAUCAGGUACGCAGAGUUAUUGUUGCUAAUUGAGACUAGUGACUGAGCCACAGAUUGUCAGAAAGCUAUAUUCUACUUAUCUAGUUUCAUUUCAUUUGUUGGUUUCCCCUGUGAAAAGCCUGUAUGGCUGAAAUAACCACUGUAUUAAUAAACCAAACCAAUAAAAUGAAUGUUCAACCUUU